CAGCCCGAGGUUCCGGAUAUGCGGGCCCCACCUCCAUGUGCAUUCCUGUUCCUUCUUCUGCUUUCUCUGCUUUCUCAUCACUCCGUGCUCUGGUAUCCAGCUAUACCCUUUGCCGCCAUUUACUCCUCUCUUUGUUCUUCCGCUUCUGCUGCUUCUUCUCUCUCGUCAUUUCCUUCGCUUUCUCUCGUUGUUCCUCAGGAGAGCGAAUAUGAGGAAAAAAACGUGCAUAAAGUUCGAGCCUUUACUAUUAUUCCUUUCUGGGUUAUUCUCAGUCUUCGUCUUCGUUGAGUCUCAAGCAAACCCUAGCCCAGAUGGUCCUGCAAUGGAAGCUCUCAAGAAGAGCCUCAACGCCCCUGACUCUAUCGGAUGGUCUAAUCCGAAUCCCUGCAAGUGGGAUCAUGUUGGUUGCGAUGCAAAUCGGGUCACGCGGAUCCAAAUUGGACGUCUAGGUCUUCAAGGUACUCUUCCCCCGAGUCUUGGAAAUCUCACCGAGUUACAGCGCUUGGAGCUUCAAUAUAACAAGAUUUCGGGUCCUCUUCCUAGCUUAAAGGGGUUGGGUUCUUUGCAAGUGCUUCUUCUCAGUAACAACCAAUUUAGCUCGAUCCCUAGCGAUUUUUUCACUGACAUGUCUCAGCUUCAGUCCGUGGAGAUCGACAACAACCCAUUUGAGGAAUGGGAGAUACCUCUAAGUCUUCGAGACGCUUCGUCCCUUCAGAACUUCUCGGCCAACUCGGCUAAUAUCACAGGCAAAAUACCAGAUUUUCUUAAUGCAACUGUGUUUCCUGGUUUGACCCUUUUGCAUUUGUCCUUUAAUGACCUCGAGGGUGGGUUUCCCGCUAGCUUUUCUGGUUUGCCGAUUGAGACUUUGUGGGUUAAUGGGCAGACAGGUAAACUUAAUGGAACCAUAGAUUUUAUGCAGGAUAUGACUUCCUUGAGGGAGGUUUGGUUGCAUUCAAAUGCGUUUUCGGGUCCAUUACCAGAUUUUUCAGGCUUGAAGAAUUUGGAGACCCUGAGUUUAAGGGAUAAUUCGUUUACCGGUCCUGUUCCUUUGUCAUUGAUGAGUCUUAAGUCCCUAAAAGUUGUAAAUUUGACUAAUAACUUACUUCAAGGGCCUGUGCCAGCGUUCAAUACAGGGGUUGAAGUGGAUAUGAGUGAGGAUUCGAAUGACUUUUGCUUGCCAAGUCCUGGGGAUUGUGAUCCUCGGGUGAAUACUUUGCUUUCCAUUGUUAAACUUAUGGGAUAUCCUCAAAGGUUUGCUGAGGAAUGGAAGGGCAAUGAUCCAUGUGCUGAUUGGCUUGGGAUCACCUGUAGUAAUGGGAACAUUACUGUUGUUAAUUUUCAGAAGAUGGGUCUAUCUGGUACCAUAUCCCCAGAGUUUGCCUCAAUCAAGUCAUUGCAAAGAAUUAUCCUUGCCGAUAACAAUCUCACUGGUACGAUUCCAGGAGAGCUCACUACACUUACGGUGCUUGCUGAACUAAAUCUUGCAAAUAAUCAGCUUUAUGGAAAAGUCCCUGCUUUUAGGAGUAACGUAAUUGUUAACACGAAUGGUAACAAGGACAUUGGCAAGGAUAGAAGCAGUUCAACUCCUCCAGGUACAGCAUCUCCAAACCCAGCAGGUCAAGGUACAACAGGAGAAAAUGGUGGGAUUUCUGCAAAUGGUGGCAAAAAAUCUUCUCAUGUUGUAGUGAUCGUAAUUGCUGUAGUUGGAGGUGUAUUUUUGGUUUCGAUGAUUGGUGCCAUAGUUUUCUGCUUGUAUAGAAUGAAGCAAAAGCAGUUAAGCAGGGUACAGAGCCCAAAUGCUCUGGUAAUCCACCCUCGUCAUUCUGGAUCAGAUAAUGAAAGUUUGAAAAUAACAGUCGCUGGCUCAAGUGUCAGUGUCGGCACAGCUAGUGAAACUCAAACGGUACCUGGCAGUGAGACAGGAGGAGACAUCCAAAUGGUUGAAGCUGGAAACAUGGUCAUUUCCAUACAAGUCCUUCGGAAUGUGACUGACAAUUUCAGUGAAGAGAAUAUAUUGGGACAAGGGGGUUUUGGAACAGUUUACAAAGGUGAACUUCAUGAUGGUACCAAAAUUGCAGUGAAAAGAAUGGAGUCUGGAGCAAUAACUGGAAAGGGUGCAUCAGAAUUUAAAUCUGAAAUCGCUGUUUUGACAAAAGUUCGCCAUCGGCAUCUUGUUGCACUUCUCGGCUACUGCUUGGAUGGAAAUGAAAAGCUUUUGGUAUAUGAAUACAUGCCUCAGGGUACACUAAGUAGGCAUCUAUUCAACUGGCCAGAAGAAGGACUACAACCCUUAGACUGGAACAGGAGGUUGACCAUUGCUUUAGAUGUGGCUAGGGGUGUUGAGUACCUUCAUGGCUUAGCCCAUCAAAGCUUUAUACAUAGAGAUCUAAAGCCCUCAAACAUUCUUCUGGGAGAUGAUAUGAGAGCAAAGGUUGCAGAUUUUGGUCUUGUCCGUCUUGCUCCUGAAGGAAAAGCCUCUAUAGAAACACGAAUUGCUGGAACAUUCGGAUACUUGGCACCAGAAUAUGCAGUUACCGGCCGUGUGACAACUAAAGUAGAUGUAUACAGUUUCGGGGUGAUAUUGAUGGAAAUCAUAACUGGACGGAAAGCACUUGAUGAAACCCAACCUGAGGACAGCAUGCACCUUGUAACAUGGUUCCGCAGAAUGUACAUAAAUGAAGAAUCAUUCAGCAAGGCUAUCGAUCCUACGAUAGAUCGCAAUGAGGAAACUCUUUCUAGCAUUCGCAUAGUGGCAGAACUAGCAGGCCACUGCUGCGCGCGAGAGCCAUAUCAAAGGCCAGACAUGGGUCAUGCCGUGAAUGUGCUUUCCUCUCUGGCAGAACUCUGGAAGCCAUCUGAUCAGAGCGCCGAAGAUAUCUACGGAAUCGAUCUUGACAUGUCUUUGCCUCAAGCACUCAAGAAAUGGCAGGCUUAUGAAGGUGGAGGAGUAGGCCCUGUGGACUCAUCUUCCUCCUCACUCCCUCCAAGCUUGGACAGCACGCAGACGAGCAUACCAACACGCCCGUAUGGUUUUGCCGAGUCUUUCACGUCAAACGAUGGGAGGUGAUGAAUCAGGCUGGUUUGUAAAUUGUGACUCAAGUAGUAUUGUUUCUGUAUCUUCAUCCUCUUUGCUUCAGACAAAAGCUAAGGUUAAAAAAAAUCCUUCCAGUUAUGAGGUUCUUCGAUGAAAAUAUAACAUGUGGAUCUGUUCUCCAACCAAGUUUCUUGAUGACGUGUUAUAAUUCUAUCGAAAAAACUUGUUUCAAGAACUUGAGAAUUAGUACAUUGCAGGUUUUGUCAUUUGGAUCUUGCGGGCUUUUUCAUGUGUUGUGGCACUCUCUUUCUGAGAGUAAUCUUGCAUUUUCUUGGGCACAUGUCUAGUGAGUUUUGUAGCCUCUUGGUCAUGUUUUACUGUCUGUAUUGCUGUAUUGAAUUGUAUAUCAGGAAUCGUAAUUUGACUUC